CCAACACAACCGGCAGUGCCACACCAAGCCUGCGAUCACCCUGGUUACACGAGCCAAGCAAACUGGGCAAGCCAUGGGCACCUUCCUAGGCCAUUUCCUCCCCGGCCUGGCCUUCGCCAUCCUCGGCUUGUGGCACACGGUCAACACCGUCAGGGCCUACAAGCUCCGGGGCGCCUCCGGCUUCCGCUCCGCCACCUGGUUCUCCUUCCCCUCGCCGCUGCGCGGCCUGCGGCGCCUGGAGCUCUACCUCCUGCUCUCCUUCUCCGUGCUCGCCAUCGUCGACCAGCUCGUCGACCUCCCCAUCCUCGCGCUCUGCCUCCAGCCCGACAGCCUCGAGCACGCCACCAUGUACCUCCACCUCGCCGUCUACGCGUCGGUGGCGCUCGCCGCCGACGCCUCCGGGCGCCGCGACGCCGCCAGCGGGGUCGGGGACGUGGUGACCGCGCUCGCCGCGUCGGUGUUCGGGCAGGAGCUGUUCCUGCUCCGGUUCCACUCCGCGGACCACGCGGGGCUCGAGGGCCACUACCACUGGCUGCUGCAGCUCGCGGUGGCGGCGUCCCUCGUCGCCACCGCCGCCAGCGCCGUCCUGCCGAGGAGCUUCGCCGUGGCCGUGGUGCGGUCCGCGUCCGUGCUGCUCCAGGGCCUGUGGUUCGUGGUCAUGGGGUUCGCGCUGUGGGUGCCGGCGCUCGUGCCGAGCGGGUGCCACGCCGUUGAGCAGGGGAGCGCGGCGACGCAGAGCGCGGUGGUGUGCGCGACCGAGGCGGCGGCGCGGAGGGCGAUCAUGAUGGCCAACCUGCAGUUCAGCUGGGCGCUCGCCGCCGUGUGGGUCGUGACGGCGUACCUGUGCCUCCGGGUGGACUUCGGGUGCCUGGAGUACGUGCAGCUCCAGGCGCCGCCCGGCGGCGCGCUCGCCGGCGACGGGGAUGCUACGCCGCCGAAGAUUGUGUUCCCCGUCGAAGAGCAGGUGUAGUAGAAAGCUGCUCGCUGGUCACUUUCCAGCUGGGAUUGCACUUCUAGAGGCUCGUGGUAGUCGUGUCACACUGUCACUUCACUUGUAAAGUUGUAAACAUGUACCAAGUCUGAUGCGUGCAGCAGCUGCCCGAUGUUGGGUUGUCCGUGAGAUGGGCCUGCCUGGGCCGAAGUUUAGUUGGGCCCCUAGAUUCCGUGGCACUCGCCGCUGACGCUGACGCCGUUGUGAGUUGCCUGAUGAAAUUCCACCUGAAACAUAAUUUUCCUA